AUGACGAAUGGGCAGAUGUGCGAAUCGGAUGCUACUUUGCCGGACGGGAAUCCGCAUCACAACAUUGACAAUUGCCCUGGUGGUUACGACGUGUGGCAACACAUGUGUUUCUCAACGGAUACGCCGACGUUGGCACCGACCGACGCACCAACACCAGCACCCUCACUGGAUCCGACGCCAGAACCAUCGCCGUCGCCCACGCUGGCACCGACGCAGGCGCCUAUGCCGUUGCCGACGCAGGAUUGUGGGUUUCAGCCUCUGCCGUCCUCGUCCUGCCCGUGCAACUCUUGGUUUACCGGCGGCUGCAACCUGCCCGAAUGCGUCAGCGGAAUGAUGAACGGGCAGAUUUGUGAAGCUGACACUACUCUGCCAGACGGGACCGCAAACUACGAUAUGAACAAUUGCCCUGGCGGCAACGACGUGUGGCAAUACGUAUGCAUCUCAACGGGUACACCAGUACCAGUUCUGACACCAACGCCCGCGCCGACUUUGGCACCCACCCCAGUACCUGAAGUGCCCACGCCAGAACCGGCGCAAGAACCAACACCAGCGCCUACGCUGGAGCCGCUACCGGAACCAACACAAGCGCCAACGGCAAGUUCCGCCACGGAGACGGAGACCACGGUAUCCACUUCGAGUUCGCCAACUGAUAUUGCAACAUCCGUGUCGUCAACGACGUCCAGUAAAAGCACAGUCACCGUCAUUGAGUCUAGCGUCACCAGAACGUCGUCCACGUCGAUCACAAGCACAAGCACAGCUACCACAACUUCUUCUAGCACCACCUCGACCAUCACGAGCACAUCAACCCCAUUGUAUGUUGUCAGCAGCCAGUUAUCGUUUGAGUCCACUGGGGCACAAGCUGACGUCGAAAGCGCCGUGGCAACCCAUCUUGCCGAUGCGCUCGGCGUCGGAGAGGACGACCUGCGCGUGACAAUAUCGGGGUCUACACUGAGGCCAUACGGGACAGCGAAGUCGACAAGGCUUCGCUGGGACGUCAUUUAUGAGGUCGUGGCGGACGAGCAGACGGCGGAGCAGUACUACCAGGCCGCCGCAGCCAUGAGCGCCAACGUCUCUGAGGCUGCCAGUGUCAUGUCGGAUAGCUUUAACAAGCUAGGCAUUGAACUCGGUCAGCAUUUCAGAACCAGAUAUAAAAAUAGUCACGGUCACAAUGACAUCCGCCACAAUAACCGAGAGCACCACCAUAACGACCAGUUCGUCGAGAACAAGCACCACGGCAACGGUGAGUACCGAGUCAAUGUCGACCAGCAUUAG